AUGUCUUUUGCAGGCGAAGCCCGCGGCGUCAUCGACUACCUCGUCGGCCCCUUGAGCCAGUUGGCCGAGAGCAACAUGCUCGCCAACAUCCGUUGGUGGUGCGAGGAACUGGGCAUGCGGGGCGUGGAGUCGUGCCAGGCACUCGGCCUGCCGGAAGAGAAGCUCGAGGGGUUUCCAUGGCCCUUCGAAAGCAAACUGAUGGCCGACGUGAUCCGGGCCGCCGAGGCGGGGCAGGUCCCCGCCGGCACAGACAUGCUGCUGCUCACCAUGUGCAGCAGCUCGGGUGAGAUCGAGCCUCACAUGCAGCCGGCCCGCAGAGAGUCUCAGGACAACAUCCAGAGACUCUGCUCGGCCCUGCAACGUCUGGCCCAGGACAUCCCAGGGGCCGGCCCCCACAUGUGGGGUUGCACGGCUAAGGCCUGGGCCGGGUCCGACAGCCCGCUCAACCUUGAGCGCUGGCUCAUCGAGUCCAAGCGCCAACAGGAGCAACAUCAACAACAGCAACAACAACAACAACAACAAGGACACCCGCCUGCCCCGGAUGCCUUGGAGGACCCGGGCCCGGUGGAGCCCCGGUACUGGGACCUUGUCGAGAACCCGUGGGUGGGGAUAUGGGCCGACAAAGACGAGGACCUGCCGGAGGACAUUCACCCCGGCAUGCUCGCCUACAGGAGGCGAGCCAUGGCCUCUGAGCCGGUCGAGACCAUCGACCCUGCCUUGCUCUCCCUGGAGUAG